GUUCGCUAGUGUUAUUUUAGUUUUUAAGGCUUAUUAUAUUUUCGCUGUUUAUUAAUUUAACAAUGUCGAAUCGUCUUGUUACUGACAGCUAUAAAAAAGUGAAAACUUCGCGACAGACCAAGGAUGUAAAAGAAGCUGGAUCAAGCAAGAUCAGUGGUGAAGUGAAGAAAAACUUUGAUAUUUUACAUGAGUUUGACCUCACACUAGAGUAUGGACCGUGUAUGGGUAUUUCUCGACUGGAAAGAUGGGAGAGAGCUGAGAAACAUGGACUGAACCCGCCAGCUCACGUUCGCGAUCUCAUCAUCGCACACAAAGAUGAUGACCUCUACACACAAUGUCUUUGGAAUGACUACAACAUAUAAAGUGUUCACACAGUGACCACACAGACAAAUUACUGACCGACUGUUAUGCUCACCAGUAUGGAGAAAGAGGCCGUCUGCAGUAUUUGUUAUUUCACCUAUCACCAUAAAACUAUUUCUUACAGCACAAAAACACCAAAUAUCUCAGGCAUGCGUAAUCCAUCAUUUUAUUAAUAUCACCCGAGUUGUUGUUAAAAACAUAUUGUCUGUAAUAUUAUGGAAUCUGAUGUUUUAACUGGAAAUGAAUGUCAUACAUAAAAAGUUCCUCAACAUUAAUUUUAAAGGCAUAUUAUCAUGGUGGUUACGGGAUCUUCAUUAUUUCUCUAAAUAUGGAUUAUAAAUGAACAUUACAUUCAUUGUACUAGUUCUUACUUAAAGGAGGGGACAAUCAAGGCAGUUGACCUGGUAUGCAUAUUUAACGAUACAUAAUGCACAUUAUUGCUUAAUAUCAACAAGUAUAAUCAUAUAGUUAAUUAAUACAACGGUUAAAUG